GAUCUUUACGAGCCACCGUAGAUAUGUGUGUCUCCUCCAAAGACUUAUGAACACUAUUCACAUUAUUAUGUGUAUGAAGUUGACGUAAUUUGGCUGUAGUGGCCAUUAUAAACAGAAGACGUGUACGUGAAUUGAAGGUGUACAUCUGUUUAAAGUUCGCGAUAUUCCGAUUCAAGCUAUUGCUGACUUUUAACUUGUCGAAAGAGAAACUUCAGAUGUUUAUAUAAGGAACCAAGACUUGAAACUUGGAUUCAAAACACCCGACGGUUCUGUCCUGCUUGAUUACGAAUCGCGAUGACGUUCUCUACAACCGAACGAGUUCGUAACUUUCCCGGUUUCAUAUUUCUCAAAUAAACAAAACGAACGUUCCAACAGUGAAGGUGCGGAUCCUCGAGCUCAGCAUGGAUCAUCAGACCGGUUUAAACAGAGACAGUUGCAUUUAUAACGUCCUAAAGGGUGUUGUGAUUAUGUGGCAGAGAUAUAGUAAACCUUACCGUAUUGAAUAUAUUUGACUACACUCGGAGAAAGUCAUGAGCCGUCAAGUGAUCAUCCUUUCUGGAUUCAUUUGUCUUUUUGUGACACGGUGUUGUCCUUCCAGACUGACACACUGCGACAAUGGAAAGACAAAUCUGGUCACAGACCUACCAGGACCUGACGAGCUUUUGUGUCAAGAGCUUUGGCCUCAGUCAAUGAAGAACAUGCCUGAUAUUGACACAAAACAUACUAUAAAGGCUGCUGAUUACAUCUGUAUGGACACACCCAUUACAUACAAUGACCCCAUACCCACCCAUGGUCCUUACCGGCCUGUUGAGGCAGAGAGUGGAGAAUAUCUUUACUGCCCCCCUCAGCGCUGGCUACACAACCUCAAAAAUGGAGCGCUGGUCUUUCUGUAUCACCCAUGUGUCACAGCGGAAGCUUAUAGGAGCUUGGCGGGGUUGGCUUACUCCUGUUUGUCUCAUUACAUCCUUACACCUCACCCCUGGCUCAGCCAACACAGACCUUUAGCGGUGGUCUCGUGGGGUCGCUCACUAGAGAUGUCUCGCAUCACGCUUGGGGUUUGUGAUUGGUUGCUUUCCAUUUCCACCAAUAUUAGUCAAGCUAGUACAAGCCAAAGAGCAAAGUACAAUCUAUAUUUGACAAAACCAGCACCUAUGGACAAACCAGAGAAUACCAGUCAAGAGAUAUCCAAAGUGGAGAGAUUAAAGUCUCUUAAAAACUGCUGUAUGGAGACUCUCGGUCUCAUUGAGGUCCAGAGGUCCAGAAGGAGAACCAGGAAAAGCAGGAUGGUCGUCAAACAAUCCCUGGAAGAAGUGAAACCGAAAGAUGACGUCAAACCAUACGAGCUUAACAACACAAACAGUGCAAAGCUGAGCCGUACAGACACGCUACCACAAAAUAAUACAAAGGUGAUGGCCUUCUCUUCAAUGCUAGCUGUUACACAAUCUCUCAGUUCAGUUAAGGACUCUGAGGAGCCUACUAAAGACAAGACAAACAUGACUGAGAAGCAAUUUCUGCAGAAUAACGUGACUGAAAGACAUAAAUACCAAACAGACACAAAAACACAUAAGAAAACUUUAACACAGGGUAGGAAGCAUCGCAUUAAGACUGAUACGAAAGCUCAGAGGUCUGGAUUUGAAUGCGGGGAGCUUGGACAGUGCGGAGUCCCAGACUCAAAGUCUCCUCAUUUAGGAGGACCACUGAAGGGUGAGAGGAUACCAAUGCCACGUACCGAUGAGGCCGUGUGGGCAGCAGGCGCUGUGGGAUUCCUCUUAGUGCUCCUUACCCUGUCUGUGCUCCAUACUCGCCUCUAUCGCCACUGUCGAUCUUCAACCAGUCUCUACUGGCACGACAACCAGCAAGACUAUGAGAAUGUGGGUGACAUCAUCCGGCGGAGGCUUAGGAUGGUUGGCCGGAGGAAAAGGAGGAGCAGUCACAGCAGGAGACAGGAGUGUGCACUGCUGUCUAACUCCAGUAAUGAGGAGAACUCCGACUAAUGCAUAUUAGAAAUCUUACAAACUCUGUUUGGUUUCUGUCAGAAUAUCUGCCCAAUCUUGUGGUACUCAUGAAGUAAAUAUGGACUUUUUUAUGAAGCUAAGGAUAACUUUUGUCCACAUUUAAAAGGAUAGUUCAUCCAAAAAUGAAAAUUACACCAUUAUUUAUUCUCCCUCAAGCCAUCAUAGGUGUAUAUUACUUUCUUCUUUCAGACAUACAAUCAGAGUUAUAUUAAAAAAUGUCCUGGCUCUUCCAAGCUAUAUAAUGGAAGUGAAUGGCUGUUGAGUUUUUGAAUUCCAAUAAAGUGCAUCCAUCCAUCAUAAAAUGUACUCCACACGGCUCCAGGUGGUUAACAAAGGCCUUCUGAAGCGAAACAAUGCGUUUGUGUAAGAAAAAUAUCCAUUUAUAAACAAUUUAUGAACUGUAAUCUCUAGUUUCCACUAACUGUCAUAAGCGCAUUCAUGAGAGAGUGGUGUUCCAGCGGAUGACGUAGGACGCCGGCGUAAUGUAAGCUCUGGUGAGAAGUGACGGAGGAGAGAGCAAAACAAAAUGCCAGUCAUGAAUUAGAAGUACAAAUUGAGGUUUUGUAAAAAAAAAAAAUAAUAAA